AUGUCUUCUGAAAAGGAACUAGGGUGUAAUGAUGAAUACGAAGUCCACAAUGAAUGGUAUUGUAUUUAUCGGGAAAUAAGCUGGUGGUCAAGUCCACUAGUAAAAAUUGGAAUGAUCAGUGAUAUUUUUGGUCCACCUACUAUACUUGCCGAAGGACUGAUUAAGAUGGGUAACAAGUGUCUGGAGUUUAUGGAUAAAAAAGAAAAUCGUAAUUUCCAGGUUGCUUACAGGAUUGAGUUACUCCCGAAUAAUAACCAAAAAGAAUGGGAUUAUGUCAUGCAGUUGGACCCCGUUACAUGGUUUGAUAUGUUAUAUAAUUUGUCCGGUGACUUGCCGAAUACACUAAAGGCUGCAAGGAGUUAUGUAAAUAGUGUUCGGAGAAAAUACAAACUGCCAGCUCCUAUUCAGCCUACUAUGAACUCUAUACCUUCUAAAAUUUAUUGCGGGCAUCACUCAGAUUGUAAGUAUCCUCCUCCACCUGAGAGUAAUAAAAAAAAUGUCUGGAAAGCCCCCUCUCUUAAAGAGCGUCCUAGUAAGAACCACAACUCGAACCAUGAAGAGCCUCCUGUUUUUUGUGCUGGAAUGGCUCCACAGCAAGUUCGUUUCCCUCGGUAUUGUAACUGGUACGUGGAGAAAGAACGUAUAGUCAUUGGAGAAGAUGGGAAAGACAGUUGGAUAUGUGUAUUCCAACAGGAUGAUGUACGUGAAAUUCUAAUAUGUUCUCAUCCCGGAACAUACAAUACAUAUGACAAGAAUACUAGACCAAACAAUCAUAAAACGAACAAGCAUUUAGUUAUCGAUAGGAAUUUAUGGAUUUGGGUGCUGGGAUACUUCAUGUCUACAUAUUUGGUAGAAAAUAUCUGUAAGCAACAGAUCAAAAAUCCUGUUGAACUUUUUGCGUUCAACUUUGGGAAAUGGGAAUCUCUAGAAUCUAAAGACUAUCAGGCAAAAGAGUGCCAUGGUCAUUUACACGUUCAUAUAAAACCGGAGGUGGUUAUAGCAUUCGAAACUGCUGGAACUGAUGCCAUGUAUGGAAAAAUAGGGCAACCUAAGCAGUAUGGCAUACAAAAUUGUAUAGAAUUAGAAACGCAUCGUCUAUUAAGCUCAGAGAUGGGACAAGUUAUAGAAGAGAUUAGUGGACUUAGAUCAGAAACUAACGAGCUUAAAACAGAAAUUAAUGGGAUGAAUCAAAAGCUAGAUGAGAUAUUGAAACUUAUUCAAAAAGGAUAUCUACUAUUAACUAUUAAAACUCUCACUAUAUCAUGUACAUUACAUGGAGGUUUGCAUUUACAUUUUUUUCCGGAAGAAUGUUUAAUGAAUGGCGGACAUUUAUGCAAAUUAGUUAUGUGCAAGUUUACUCGUGGUCAAGUUAGAUGGUAUUGGAAUAGUAAAGAAUCUGUUAACGAAAAAUGUUUAUUUGAAAAAAAUAUCAUUACAGCAUUUAAUAAAUAUAACAUUAUGAUCAAAAUUGAGCUUACUUGUCAUCUUUGUCAUGAAAUAGAGGAAAAUCCUGAGUCAUUUACCAUUAAGCACAAUCACUUGGAGCUAUGGAAGGUAAAAAAGGUAAAAAUUGAUGUUCUAGAAAAGCUCGAGGUAACAGAACUUGUUAGCAAGCACUGGGAAGAACAACCUGGAAGAAAGCACUUUCACGUUAUUGUAUGUUCUAAAUUAAUAAUCAAAGACCGGGAGAACCGACGAUUGAAAAAACUUGUCGAAAAAAUCAAAAAGCUUACUGACCUUAGUCUUAGUGAUGGAAAUAUUUCUGUGGAGGUUAUCACGAAUCAUACAAGUAUAGACGAUGAAGAAAAACUAAUGUCCGAUUGUUAUGUAAUUAUGUUAAAAGACAUACUUUAUUGA